GUAUAAAUUGAAGCAAUGUUAGUAUACUAUGAAUUUGUUCCCAAUCAAUCGAUCAGCCAACCAAUGCCAUUAUUGGCGAUCAUUUUGAUGUUGACAACAACGGCGACAACCGUAAUUGGUACGUGUGCGUUCAUAAAGCGGAAAAAAACUGCCAUUAAAACAGCGGCAAACGAUUCUGAGCAACCGGCAGAAGAUGAAGAUAUUGAAGCUGGUGAUGAUGAGCAGGCCAUUAGCGAUGCUGGAGCAACCAAUGGUGACAAUGAAGCUGUGGUCGAGCAAAAAGUACAAGGAGAAAAAGUGGGUGUGAUAAAAGAAGAGAAAAUAAAGGAAAUUAUCAAAAAUAUUGUCCAACAACAACUGGUACCGAUAAAAUUGGAGAAAGUUAAGGUCGAAAAAAUUGAUUCAACUCCCAUCGCAAUCGAUGAAAAUAUAACAUUACGAAUAUCUGAAACAAUGUCAGAAAAAGAACAAGAAAGACGGCCACCGGAUAAAAGUCAACAAAAAUCGUCAUUCAAUAGCCAGGCAUCAAUUAAAUUGUCGACAAAACGAAUGUUACGAAGUAGUGGAAGUAAAAUACUAAAUAAAAGAUCAGUAACGGCCAAAAAAGAUUUCAUGAAACUGUUUGUGGCGUUGAAACAGCCUCACAAAAAAUAUUCUUCAUCAGCGUCAAUGACGAUCAGGGGUGGACAAGCGCAAAAAAUUCCAAAAAUUUUUGUUUUCAAAAAAAAUAUGUCAAAAGCCAACACACUGAUGAUUAAUAAAAAACAAAUGAUGAAAAAAGAAAUUAAAGGUGAUGAUUUUUCAACCGAACAAUUACUAAUCGAACCAAAAACGAUAAAAACUAAAGAUUCAGAGGAAAUGAUUUCUAUCAAAGCCAAAGCUAUUGUCCCAGUUUCGGUACACAAAACAAAAACAAAAACAAAAACAAACUUGACAACAACAACAACUAUUAUUAAACCAAAAGUAAUCAGAAAAAAAGAUAUGAUCAAGUGGAUAACGGAUUCUGCGGCAUCCAAAGAACAACAAAGAUUUGACAUGAAACAUAUACUGGAAAGAUUAUUACGUAAAAUCAAUCUUUGGCCUAAAACAAUAACGAAAACCACACAACAACGAUCACCAACAACUGGAAUAAUACGUUCGGUAACAAAACCACCAAUAACGAAGAUGGCACAAUCAAGAAUCAAAACAUCUGGAUCAUUGCCGAACAAAAGUGUGCAACAACCACAAUGGCAAACAACCAGCACUCGAUACGAUAAUGAAGAUGAUUACCAACUUAAAAGGAGAAAGUCAUUUUCAAAACCAGCAUCUAUUAGCCACCAUUGGGAACUACAAAAACAACAACAACAACCGCGAUCAAUACAAAGGUCAGUGAAACUGAUUGGUUAUGAUAAUGAUCAAAGAUACAAAACUUCACCACCACCAUCACCAACAACAUUUCGAUCUAAACCAAUGAUGAAAAAACAAUCACCACAGGAAACGAUUCGUGUUAGCGAAGCUUUACUCGUACCUCAACGAUUAAAAUUGAAAUUAAUAAGACAAAAUGUUAGAAAAUCACCGGAAAUAUUCAACCACAUUAUUCGGCCAUCAUCACCAAAAACAUCAACACCGAAAUGGUGGAACGAUCGAAUGAUAAUCAUUAAGAAAUCACCCAGAUGGACACCACCGCCAUUAUGGCUAAAAAAAUCAGAAUCAAAAUCACCGAAAAUUAAAAUUCCAACACGUUAUGUUUCACCACGAUAAUCGAAUAUUCC